CUAGCAGAGUAAAGAACUCGUUGCAGUAAAAAGCUUGCUCAUUCGGAUAGUUUUCGUUCUCGGUGAAGUUCUUGAUCGAUUAGUGAACGUUACUUGACACUUCCUUGUCACAAGUCUGUUUCGUUAUUGCCGUUAGUUAGAGAGUUUGUUGCGGUGAAAUUAGUAGGUCUUACGAUAUGUAAGUUUCUUUGCAAAUUUACUUGUCAGCUACUUUUGUAUUUGUUUAUUUGCUUUGAAAUGAAUCCAUUUAGUGGUGUAGUGAACUAAGCAAUUUAUGGGCUUGUGAAAAUUAUGACUUUAUUUUCGCUUUCUUUUGUGUGAUCUGAGGUCGAGGCUAGCAAUUAGUUUCAGUAACCAUGGAGUUGCGAUAUGUGCUUCUUACAAUUGUAAAAAUUCUCAUAUCGGUACCAGGAAUCGUGCUGAAUCAGUCACACUAUGUCGAUGGUGCUGCUCUUAUGGGAGGUCACUUAGACAAUAACAACAGUUCCUUAACCAAUAUCACCAGCGACAGCAGUCAGCAAAUCGUCAAAAAUAAUACAAAUGUAGACGAGGACAAACUGGUCUUAAACUCAACGGACAACUCCGAAGAGAUUCCAAAUCCUUCUCCAUUGGUACUACCCGGCUACAAUUUACCGGAAAACAUAUUCAACAAAGGAAAACCUUUCUAUCUCGAGAAAGAUCCACUAACCGGGAAAGUUGACUUCGACAGCAAAACGGCAUCAUUAAAACUCGAUGACGAAUUAUACGACUACGUCGACGAAGAACCGAGCUCCAACAUCUACGAUAAAGCCAACAUCGACCGAAAAGACGGCAGUUUAGGAAGUCACAGACCCAGUGACAUUAACCAACUAACUCCGAACUUUCACGAUUUUCUAAACCUACCUGUUAAAUACAACUCGGACAAAUAUGUCUAUCCGCUGAUCUCCAGUUCUUACGCCAACACAAAAAUACAAGGAAAUGUUAACAAAUACCACAACCAUAAAGACUAUAAUGUGAAGACGUCCACGCUCAAACCCACCGGGAGUCCUACUUAUUACAGUUCGCCGAAAACUUAUUUCAACGGACCGAAAACAACAGAAACUACUACCACAACAACGACGACAACCACUACGACUCCGAAAACCACGACGCAGGUCUAUCUCACGUCAACGUCGCAGAAUUUGAUGAACAGUGGAAUCAACCACCCCAGUUUUCAUGAAGAUUUCGAAGAUUACUACGAAGAGACUGAAAAACCUAGUCAUAUAUUUUUAACGACGAAGAAUGUUAACGAUAUUUAUCUGACCACCAAAGCACCAAGUACAACGACGCGGAGAGUGUUGAGUGUUUUUGAACAAUUAUUCGGGGAAUAUGAAGACUAUUAUCCUACUACUCAGAAGCCGCAGCCUUCGGCACCGCCGUCACCGAAACCGACACUUUUUGAAAACUUGCCGUCCAAUAAAAAUAAGUACGACGUAGAACAAAAGACGGAAAAACCUCCCUCUACCACCGCUAGUCAUUUACACUAUCCUAAUUCCCACGCUGGACCCAACGUUUUGACUGGUUCCAAUAUGGGACUUGAAUCGGCGUCUUACGAAUAUGAAGAUGAAUAUGCAGAUAAUCUUGAUCACGACGACAACAUAGCUGUCGAAAAUAAAUUGACUUUGAACAAAACUAGUGCCACUAUUAUCGUACCAACUACCACGACUAUACGUUCUACUAGUAGUACAACCACGACUACAACUACUACUACUACUCCUAGAAGUACCACACGUACUACUAUUGUCCAUCCAAGCUCAAGUCAUGACAGUUACGACGAUUAUGAUUAUAACGACAAAGAAAGCCCAACAGAGAAACCAAUUGUAACCCCCACACAAGAACCACACAAUGCCCUAAAAGUAACGUCUUUACCACUUGGUGAAAAUCACAUAACCGGUGUAAAUAACCACCAGUCGAUAAUUGUCGCUACACAAAACUUACGCCAACAACUGAAUAACGAAAAAGUACUACCUAAACCGUUUGGUUACGAGAAACCUUCCCAACAACCUCCAAGUACCAGCAAUAUUCAUAUAGCGCCAGACCAAGACAUGGUUUCAUUUGUAGUAGGCAACCAUCAGAAUGUAGAAGGUGGUCAAUAUCUCGGUACUUCACUAAAGGAAAGCCCCUAUGAUAGUAACCCGUUUAGACCUCUGUAUGGUCAACAGGCCCAAUAUAGCAAAGAUAGUGUGAGUUAUUCAGUUCAAGCACCACCACCUAUUCAAACACCACCCGAAGUGUACAAACCAGUUCAAAACUUCCCACCAGCCGGUAGUUCUAUUACAAUUCAACCCCAAAGGAACUCCGAAGCUUCAUUAGCUAUAGGCGUACCAGUUGACAGUCUAAAACAAAUUCCUGGUCAAGUAGUCGACGAAAAGCUUGAAAUAAACGAAGAAAAAAUUGACUUCCCUAAAGGUACAGGAGCUAAAGUUGUUUUCCCGGACGAUAAAGAGACCACUGGUGGCAGUAUGGUACCACCACUAAAUCGUGAAGUUCUACAAUUAAGUUCCAAACCUAUGUACCAUCAGCUGCCAAGUGACCUCACACCUCCUAAGGAAAAAGAAGUAGUACCACCUGCAGCAACUAGACUUGACAGACCCCGACCACCAUGGGAUCCCAGACCAGGUCAUUUCUACUCCGGAAAACCUGAAUAUGUUAGACCACCAAGACCACCACCAGAGAUGGCGUACAAAAGGAUAGACAAUCUUCCAAAUAUUUUGCCACAGUUUAGACCUAAUAUGAAACCCAACGGGCCUCCACCUCCUUAUCUCAAUCGGCAACCACUUCUGGAAAGACCUUCCAACAGACCUGUAGGUUUCUUCGAGAAGCUGCAGCCGCCUCCGCCACCUAAAAAUCUUCACAAUUUGAGGAAAAUCCCACCACCUCCACCUCCACCACCACCACCAAAUCACAUCAGACCAAUAGCUGAAGACAGAAUAAUCAAUGAUAAGAAACCUCUUCCAGACCAGUUCGGUUUUUUUCAAAUGCCACCCAAAGUCAUAGCUAAUAGAAGAAUAGCUGACCUCGAAGGUGACGUGGAAACCUUGCAAAUGAUCCAAGCCAAAAAAUCAGAAAAGAAAGAAGUUCCUUUAGAGAGUGAAAAAAUGAAUGGUCCAACUGACAAACCCUUGUAUGUAGUCUACCCCGUGAACACACCCCCUAUUAAGAUGGACGUGGUUGAUUCAGCUAACAAGGAAAGCGUUGUGAUUGGUACAAGAGCAGAGUUACCCCUACCACCAUCAAAAAUUAACCAGAAGUUUGACUACGAGCAGAACCCGAUUUUGAAUCCCAAGGACCGUAAUGACGCUCCAAUUCUAAAACCGCAUCCUCGACCGACUUUUCCAAUAAAAUCGGACUUUCCAUACCCUCUGGAAAGACCCGAUCCUUCUCUACUGAGUCCAGCUAUUCCGGAAACUCCUUCCAACAACGGGAAUAAUUUGGAAGAGACGGAUAACUUUGUUUCGAGUAAUCAGUGGAACACCAUAGGUGAAAACAUUGAAUCUAGAAUAGUGAAUGGGCUGAAGGCAUCAAGUUCGAAUCAGAUUUCAGUCACUUUGAAGACUUACACUGAGAAACCAAUUGCUGUUGCGUACACACCCACCGAACCCCACAAAUACGACAAAUACUCAAUGCCGAACUACGGAAGUCCCGUAAUUCCCGAAAUUCGCCCAGGAACUGUCGAUAAAGCAGAUCCCAUUCGUGGUAACCCCGAUAACGAGUUUACAGUGAGUGCAGUAAUGCACACCCACCCUCAGAUCGAUCUGGGGUUAAAAAAUAAAUUCAAAUAUGACGAAAUUCCAAACCAUAGAAGCGAUGUUGAAAGUUCGUCGACUAUUUAUCAACAAGAAUUUCAAGCCCCUUUUCAAGCGAGCAUGAACUUAGAUUCGAUGUCUCAAGGGUGGUCGGUGGUGAGAGAUAAAAAUAAAUCCACCACCGAGAUAGGGGAGGAAGUGACAACUUUACCGCUAGCAACCACCAGUGAAUUCGAUAUAGAAAAUUUCAAACCGGAGUUGAUUGGUGGAUUUAAACCCAUUUAUAAUUUCCCCGAAGAGUCGGAUAGCACGAAGGAUGCGAAAGCCAGUGAAAGAGAGGAGUGAUUACGUGACAAACUAUAUUAAGACUGUGUUCGUGUGGCAAAAAUAACAAGUGACUUAGGUGAUUGGCGGGGAAGUUGUGGAGAUAUUCGAAAUUUUGGACUCUGUGCGAAUAUUCCAUAAUUGUUUUAAAUAUAAAUAUCAUCUUAUAUAGAUAUGCAAUGUAGACGAAUUUGACGAGUUGUAAUGUAAACUAAGUAGAAUUAAGAGACUGGAAGACUUCCUAUUAAGAUAGCACUGUUAUUUUAUACAAAAAGCACAUUUGCGAGGACUCCUGUUUGCAAAAGGGAAUCUAACAAAAACACUUAUUUAUUUGUUUAUUUAUU